ACCAGUGAGAGUGUGAGACGCGGCCUUGCCCCUCGCCAGUUGCCGACCAUGGAGAAAGAGGCCGCGGGGGAGGCGCGCGAAUCCCAUGGAACCGCACGGAAGCGGGCACGGAGCGGCGGCGGCGGCGGCGAGGAUUUCAUCACCAGGCUCCCCGACGACAUCCUCGGCAUCAUCAUCUCCCUCCUCCCCACCAAGGACGGCGACCGCACGCCCGUCCUCUCCCGCCAAUGGCGCCACCUCUGGCGCUCCGCGCCUCUCAACCUCGAGGUCAGCACCCGACCCCCCGGCGCCGCCGGCCCCGUCCCCACCCCCUCCCGCGUCCCACCCUCCGCCGUCUCCCAGAUAAUCUCCCAGCACCAUGGCCCCGCGCGCCGGUUCUCCUUCCACUGCCGCGGCGCCGGCGACCUCUGCGCCCAGGCGGAGAGCUGGCUUCACUCCCGGGCCCUCGCCAGCCUCGAGGAGCUCGACAUCGCUUACGCCAGCCCGCGGCUGCUGGCAUCAGUGCUCCGCUCCGUAUCCACCACCAUCCUGGCUGCCAAGAUCAACGGUUGUCAUUUCCCGGGCGAGAUCGUGCCGGCCAUGAAUUUCCCCAAUCUCAAGAAGCUCACCCUGUUUCACACUUCCAUCUCAGAGGACGUCUUGCACGCGCUGCUCUCCGGCUGCCAUGCCUUGGAGAGCUUAUACAUGGCCCAAGUUUCUGCUGCUGGUCGCCUCCGUGUUAGCUCGCCGACUCUUAGGACCAUUAUCUUCAGUCAUAGCUCUAGUGAAAUGGCACAACUGGUGAUCUUGGAUGCUCCUCGCCUUGUAAGGCUACUCUUGCCGUAUUAUUACGGAAGCGAUCGUGUGACUAUUAGGGUAGUUAGGGCGCCAAUGCUGGAGAUAUUGGGCCCUUUCAUAGCCGCCGUCUCCAAUAUCCUACUCUUUCAGGGAAUAAGCCCGGUCAGCUCGGCAAACUCGAUGCGCACCGUCAAGGUUUUGGCUCUCAGAUCUUCUGCAGAUAAGUUGCAUGCGGUUCUUAACAUCCUCAGGUGGUUCCCCUGUCUCGAGAGGCUCCAUGUCACUUUUGGUAAACACCAUGAUAUGGAUCAGCAAAAUGAGCCUCAGCAUGACCCACUACAUCCAAUCGAAUGCCUUGAGACCCAUCUAAAAAAAGUGGUGUUUAAGCCAUUCGAGGGCUAUGGGAAACAGGUUGACUUUGCCAGGUUCUUUGUAUUGAAUGCAAAGGUGCUAGACAAAAUUGAAUUUGAAGCAUAUAAUCACUACGGCAUUGAAAUGGUGGGCUAUGAACACAAGCUGCUACAAGUGGAAAACAGAGCCUCUCGGCACGCUCGGUUUGUAUUCAAGACUAUUUCAUCCGACUGGGUACCAUGUCAAUAAGCAUAUCCAUGAUUGGUCGGUCAGAAGCCGGCCCCUGCCGACAGCCUUAGACAGGGGUAAUGCCUGAAGAUUGAAGUGUCUUGUGCUAAUUUGGUAGAUGGUGUUGAUGCCUGAAGAUUGCACCACCUUCCGUUGUCUGCUCUGUUUCUAGUCUAUGGUUCCUCUGUAGUUCCAGUAACUUAUUGUAUUGAAGUUUGAGUUUACUGAGAUGUAACUCAGUGCCAUCUGUCUUGUACAGUACAAAUUAGCUUCUCCCUCUGUAAAGAAAUAUAAGAUCUUUUAGAUCACUAGCUAGUAAUUGUACUCUUUCCUAGAGCAAGUAAAGCAUUGGAUUUGGCCAAGGACCUGGAAAUAAUGUUGGCUUUGGUA